GCCGUGGUCGGCUAGCGGUGCGAACUGGGGCAGCAUAGUGGACAGGCUGUGGCUGGCCGGGCGCCCAGUGCGCCUGCGCAGAGACAGGGGGCCCAAUGCGCCUGCGCGAUUGCGGUCAAGUUGCCAAACUCAGUGCUAGGACGCCUGUGCAUUGUGCCGCCCAAGUCGUGCAGCCUCCCCAGGGAAAGGAAGGUCCGGCGAGUCCACGUGAAGAGGAGGUCCGAGUAAAGAUCAAAGACCUGAAUGAGCACAUCGUCUGCUGCCUGUGCGCUGGCUACUUCGUGGAUGCUACCACCAUCACAGAGUGUCUUCAUACUUUCUGCAAGAGUUGUAUUGUGAAGUACCUCCAAACCAGCAAAUAUUGCCCCAUGUGCAACAUCAAGAUCCAUGAGACACAGCCACUGCUUAACCUCAAACUGGACCGGGUCAUGCAGGACAUUGUAUACAAGCUAGUGCCUGGCUUGCAAGACAGUGAAGAGAAACGGAUUCGAGAAUUUUACCAGUCCCGAGGGUUGGACCGAGUCACCCAGCCUAGCGGGGAAGAGCCAGCCUUGAGCAACCUCGGCCUUCCCUUCAGCAGCUUUGACCACUCUAAAGCCCAUUACUAUCGAUAUGAUGAGCAGCUGAGCCUAUGCCUGGAGCGGCUGAGUUCCGGCAAAGACAAGAAUAAAAGCAUUCUGCAGAACAAAUAUGUCCGAUGUUCGGUGAGAGCCGAGGUUCGCCAUCUCCGGAGGGUCUUAUGUCAUCGCUUGAUGCUAAAUCCCCAGCAUGUGCAGCUCCUUUUUGACAAUGAAGUUCUCCCUGAUCAUAUGACCAUGAAGCAGAUAUGGCUGUCCCGCUGGUUCGGCAAGCCAUCCCCUUUGCUUUUACAAUACAGUGUGAAAGAGAAGAGGAGGUAGGGGCCAAGUCCCUGCCCCGUUCCUCUGCCCGUCCCUCCCCAGAUAUUUAUGUGAAAUUAACUGCAGCUUUAUUUUUUGAAAUAAAAACUUU